AUGGUGUGGCUGGGCCUGCUGGAAGACAUAGAGCUUGGUUCUGUUGAUAAGCACACAUGGAGCAUACACUUCUAUCAGCCCUGGGUGUACCAAGCCCUGCCCCACAGUGACUGGGACAUUAUUCAUGAUAUGAUCAAGGUCUAUUUGCCGGAGUCCAACCGCAUGUUCCAUGAAGGUGCCAUGGAGAAUGAGUUGCCCUCCCCUCCAGACCCCUUUGUGAUCCAAUGCAUGGCAGGAUGCAAGAUCUACCCCAACAGGACCUCCCAGGCCUUUGUCUCUGUAGGCUACAAUGGCCUGGACUUCCUCAGCUUUGACAUGGACAAUAACACCUGGAUCCUCUGCCAAGACAACAGCCUGGCAUGGUAUAUUGUGGCCACUCUCCAGAACUAUACUGUCUUUAAUAAGAUGGUGGAAGUCCUUGCCAAGGAUACCUGCGUUGAUGACUUGGAGGUGUUAGUGAGCAAUGGGAAGGCAGCACUGGAGAGACAAGAGCCACCCGUGGCCACAGUCUUUGCCCGCACGCCCAGCCCAGCCCAGCUGCUGCUGGUUUGCCGCGUCACCGGCUUCUACCCACGGCACAUCAGCGUGGCCUGGCUGCAGGAUGGCCAGGAGGUGCCACCAGGCCCAGCACUCAACACCAGCAGCAUCCUGCCCAACGCCGACCUCACCUACCAGCUGCGCAGCAUCCUGGCCGUGAGCCCCCGUGAUGGGCACAGCUACGCCUGCCGUGUGCGCCAUCGCAGCCUGGGCACCCACAGCCUCCUCAUCCCCUGGGGGAACUCAGAAGUGGUGCUGAUCGCAGGGCUUGGGGCCGGGCUGCUGGCAGCUGUGGCAGUGGCUGCCAUCACGGUCCUCUGGGUGCGGAGAUGCAGGCAUCGUCUUCUAACAGCUGCCUUCACCUACCACAUUGCAGAAUUAUUGGUGCUGAGGCUCAACUGUUGCACAGUGACAAUGGUUUGA